GCUGGAAAAAUAUUAAUCCAGGUUGCUAUUUAACAUCUACCUAAUGUUGAGGAGGACGCUAUCAAAGACGCCUUCUCGGGACAAUGAAACUUCUCAGUUAUAUUUUGGUUUAUCGCCGGCUUCUCCUCGUGGUUUUUGCUCUGUUGCUUUUACUGCCUCUGCCUAUCGUUCUCCACACCAAGGAAGCAGAAUGUGCCUACACUCUCUUCGUUGUGGCCAUACUUUGGCUCACGGAAUCUUUGCCUCUGUCAGUAACAGCUUUGCUGCCUGGCUUAUUAUUCCCCAUGUUUGGGAUCAUGUCUUCUAAGGAGGUGGCAUCUGCUUAUUUCAAAGAUUUUCACCUACUGCUGAUUGGAGUCAUCUGUUUAGCAACAUCAAUAGAAAAAUGGAAUUUGCAUAAAAGGAUUGCCCUGAGAAUGGUGAUGAUGGUGGGUGUGGAGCCUGCAUGGCUGACCUUGGGGUUCAUGAGCAGCACCGCCUUCUUAUCUAUGUGGCUUAGCAACACUUCUACUGCUGCCAUGGUGAUGCCCAUCGUGGAGGCUGUGGCACAGCAGAUCAUCAGUGCCGAGGCAGAGGUCGAGGCCACACAGAUGACUUAUUUUACUGGAGCUGCCAACCAUGCACUGGAAAUUGAUGAAAGUGUUAAUGGACAUGAAGUAAAUGAGAGCAAAGAGAAAACAAAACAAGUUCCCAGGCACAGUAAUGAUACAGGGAAAAGUCCAAGUAAGAUGGAGUUAGAAAAGAACUCAAGCACAGGAACCAAAUAUCGAACAAAGAAGAACCACAUGAUGUGUAAACUAUUGUGUUUAUGCAUUACUUACUCUUCUACCAUUGGUGGACUGUCAACCAUCACUGGUACCUCCACCAACCUGAUCUUUGCUGAGCAUUUCAAUACACGCUAUCCUGACUGCCGUUGCAUCAACUUUGGAUCGUGGUUUAUAUUAUCCUUUCCGGCUACUGUUAUUAUUUUACUCUUGUCCUGGAUCUGGCUUCAGUGGCUUUUCCUAGGAUUCAAUUUCAAGGAGAUGUUCAAAUGUGGCAAAACCAAAACAUUGCAACAAAAAGCUUGUGCUGAGGUGAUUAAGAAGGAAUACCAAAAACUUGGGCCAAUGAGGUAUCAAGAAAUUGUGACCUUAGUCCUCUUCAUCAUCAUGGCCCUGCUGUGGUUUAGCCGAGACCCUGGGUUUGCUCCUGGCUGGGUCACGCUUUUUUCAGAGUACUCUGGCUUUAUCACAGACUCAACUGUUGCCUUACUUGUAGGACUUCUAUUUUUUCUUAUCCCGGCUAAGAGAUUGACCAAAACUAAACCUACAGGAGAAAUUGUUGCUUUUGAUUACUCACCACUGAUUACUUGGAAAGAAUUUCAGUCAUUCAUGCCCUGGGAUAUAGCCAUUCUCGUUGGUGGAGGGUUUGCCCUGGCAGAUGGCUGUGAGGUGUCAGGACUAUCUCAGUGGAUAGGAAAUAAAUUAUCUCCUCUAGGUUCAUUACCAAUAUGGCUAAUAAUUCUGAUAACUUCUUUGAUGGUCACAACUUUAACAGAGGUAGCCAGCAAUCCAGCCACCAUUACCCUCCUUCUCCCGAUAUUAUCUCCACUGGCUGAGGCCAUUGAAGUGAACCCUCUCUUAAUCUUGAUACCUUGUACUCUGUGUACCUCAUUUGCGUUCCUCCUACCAGUAGCAAAUCCACCCAAUGCUAUUGUCUUUUCAUACGGUCAUCUGAAAGUCAUUGACAUGGUUAAAGCUGGACUUGGUGUUAAUAUUAUUGGUGUUGCUGUGGUGAUGCUUGGCAUGGCUACCUGGAUCACACCCAUAUUUGACCUCAACACUUAUCCUUCUUGGGCUCCUGCAAUUAGAAAUGAGACUAUGCCAUGAUAAGCACAGAAGUUCUGACUAAAUGUCGUGGUGACUUUUGGGAACGAUUAAUAAUUCACUGUGAAAUGUGGCUCUGAGUAACUGAUGACACAUUUAAAUCAGUUAUGGUAUAGCUGCUACAAUCCCAGUGAACAUCCACAACCUGCUGGCAUAACUCAGAGUCCACAUUUCCUUUGAAAUGCAACCAAAGAACAUCUAAGCACCUUCAUCAGGAAGCUGAUGGUUGAGACUUUUCUCAUGGACCAUCUGUAUCUUGUUUCAUCAUAAGAAUAAUUUAUAAGUUGACCUUCAAACAGAUUAGCCCAUUUGCUUCACUUUACAGUUAGAAUUCAGUAUAACAUUUUGAACAUCAAUGUAUUAUUUCAAAAACUUCCCAUGAAACUAAAAAUAGAAAAUAAAAUAUACAAGUUAAUUAGG